UUUCAUUGUAUUGUCCUUUCCCAUUUGUGGGAGAAGAGCCAUGAAGAACCGUUCCUCAUCUCCCCCUUUGCACGUCCAUGUGGAUGAAAACACCCCUGUCCAUGUUCAUAUUAAAAAGGGUCAGAAAACCACCCCUGCAAAAUGCCAGCAAAAGCACAAACAGAAAGUCAAAGGGGAUACCAUGAACAUGUGCCGAGCUGUCCGCGCAAAAGCUAAGGCCCCCUGGAUGCCCCCAGGCAAAACAUCUGUCCGGGAGUCCACCCACAAAUGGGAGGGACCAACCCAUCGCUUAGAAAUUACGCCUCCAGAUUCAGAAAAAAUGCUGUCAGUAACGCGCCUGAGUGACCUCUCUACAGAUGAGGAGGAUGCUGUUUGCUGCAAAAUGAAUGCAUAUGAAAAGAAGAUCGAUAGCCUGAUGAAUGUGUUGGGAACACUGACGAAUGAGACCAAGCUGCAGAAAAAGGAGGAACAGCAGCAAAUGACAAAGCGUCUCCUUGAGGAGCAGAAGGAACUGAAUGAGGUCACGCAAGAGCUGGUGGAAACGGAACACGAGAAUACGCUGCUCAGGCGCAAUAUUGAGCGCAUAAAGGAAGAGAAGGAUCUGACUGUGCUACAGAAAAAGUACUUACAGCGUGAGAAAGAGAGUUUGAUGUCCAAGCUGAGCGAGGCAGAAAGGGAUGGAGCAGCAGCAGCCAGGCAGAUUCAUGCCCUCAAAAAUACAAUCGGGAGACUCAACAUUGAGAAACACAUGAGCAGCUCAGACAUUAACACACUGACAAGACAAAAAGAGCUUCUGCUCCAGAAAUUGAGCACCUUUGAAGAAACCAACCGGACACUGCGAGAACUUCUCAGAGAGCAGCACAACCGGGAGGAUGCUCAGAAGAUAAUGGAGCAGCAAGGAGCACUGCUGAAAAGGCUGGCUGACUCAGAUGCAGAGAAAAUGCAACUUCAGAUGAGGCUUCAGGAGAAAGAAAAAGAAGUGGACGAUCUUACCAUUCAGAUACAGGCAGAAAAGGAGCAGGCCAAGACAGCAUGCGAGUUCUCCAAAUCGAUGGAGGCUGUGAGAGGCCGUUUGCAAGCGCAGCUGAGAAACAAAGAAGCUGAGAACAACCGCCUGACUGUACAGAUCCGGAACCUGGAGCGCAGUGAAGCUCAGCAUAAGGCAGAGGUGGAACAUGUCAUGGAGCAACUGAAAGAGCUAAGGCAGAAGGCAGACCACGAUAAAGAGGCCCUGAAGAAAGCCGUCCGCGCACAGAAAGAGCGGGCAGAGCGGAGUGAGCAGUAUACAGAGCAACUGACUGUCCAGCUAGCAGAAAAGGACAGUUACGUUGCGGAGGCACUAUCUACUGUGGAGUCCUGGAGGAGCCGCUACAACAAAGUAGUAAAGGACAAGAGUGACCUCGAACUGGAAAUUGUUACGCUGAACAGUCGUGUUGCAGACUUGCUGGAAGAGCAGACAACCCUGGAGGACAGGAUGCGGGAGGACAGAGAAGCUUUGGUGGAUAGAUUGCAUCGACAGACUACAGAGACCACUUCUUUCAAAAUGGAGAAUGAAAGGCUAAAGGCUAGUAUGGUCCCAAUGGAGGAAAAGCUGAACCAAGCACAGAUGGAAGUGCAGCAGCUCAAGAGCUCUGUCAGGAACUAUGAAGGGUUGAUUGAAACCUACAAGUCACAGUUGUUGAAGACCCGAAUGGAAGCAGAUGAUAUGGCAGCAAAACUGGAGAAGUGUGAUACAGAGAACAAGACACUAAAGGAUGAAAUGAACAAGGUGAUUGAGCUGGAGCGUAAGCAGUUUGAGAGCCAGCUUGCUGAACUGGAAAAGCUGCCUGAGAUCCUGAAGAUCACCGACACCCAGCUAGCAGAGUGUCAGGACCAGCUUCAGAGCUACGAGAAGAAGAAUGUGGACCUGUCUGUCACGAUUGCAGAUCUUCGUCAGCGGAUUGAGCUCCAGGGGGACAAAAUGGAGAUGACAAGAGAGAGGUAUCAGUCUGCCCAGGAGGAGAAAAAGCAGCUCACCUUGAAGGUGGACGAGCUAGAAAGAAAACUAGAAACAACGAGUGCCCAGAAUAUAGAAUUCCUUCAGGUCAUAGCUAAACGAGAGGAGUCGAUCCACCAGUGUCAGCUGCGGUUAGAGGAGAAGACCCGUGAGUGCAGCUCCUUGGCACGUCAGUUGGAGAUGGCCAUUGAGGAUGCCAAAAGACAAGUGGAACAAACUCGAGAACGAGCAACAUCUAGAGAGAGGGCAGCCCAGUCCAAGAUGUUGGAUUUGGAGACCCAGCUGAGUCGGAAUAAAACAGAGCUGAGCCAAUUGCGUCAGAGCAAAGACGAUGCAGAGCGCCGGUACGAAAGCCGUCUGCAGGAUUUAAAGGAUCGGUUGGAGCAGUCGGAGAGCACCAACCGCAGCAUGCAAAACUAUGUCCAGUUCCUCAAGUCUUCCUAUGCCAACGUUUUUGGAGAAAGUGCCUUGCUGGGCUCCCCCAGCCGCUCUCGUUCUUCUCCAUGAGGACAAUGCUCUCCUCACACCUCUGCUUUUAAGCACAAAAGGAGCCCUAUUUUAAAGCCAUAUGUUAUUUAAAAAAUAGGUUGGCGUUUCAGGGUCACUGUCAGGAGAUGUAUUCCUCUUUUCUUGGCAGCAUGAGAUGGUAAAAUGAUGGUGGC